AUGUAUCCGCUAGUAAAUGAAGUGACGUUCCGCUUGUGCCUCGGUAUGAUUGUUGGUUGCCAAAGAAUAAUCAAAUGUGCUUGCGAACGUGCUAAGGCCCUGGCUGGCAGCAUGCGGAGACCUUGGCAGCAAGCUUGCGGAGGCCCUGGAGGCAAUCCUGUGGAGGCCCAGGUUGGCAGCUUGCGGAGGCCAUGGCUGGCAGCAUGCAAAGGCCAUGGCUGGCAGCCUGCGAAGGCCCUGGCUGGCAGGCUGCGGAGGCCUUGGCUGGCAAUCUGCGGAGGACCUGGCUGGCAGGCUGCGGAGGCCCUGGCUGCCUGCGGAGUCCAUGGCAGCAAGCCUGCGGAGUCCAUGGCAGCAAGCCUGCGGAGGCCGUGGCGGCUAGCUUGCGGAGACAAUGGCUGGCAGCUUGCAGUGGUCAUGGCUGGCAGGCUGCGGAGGCACUGGCUGGCAGGCUGCGGAGGCCCUGGCUGCCAGGCUGCGGAGGCCCUGGCUGCCAGGCUGCGGAGGCCCUGGCUGGCAGGCUGCGGAGGCCCUGGCUGGCAUGCUGCGGAGGCCCUGGCUGCAGGCUGCGGAGGCCUGGCUGGCAAUCUGCGGAGGACUGGCUGGCUGCGCUGGGAGUCCAUGGCAGCAAGCCUGCGGAGUCCAUGGCAGCAAGCCUGCGGAGGCCGUGGCGGCAAGCUUGGGCGGCAGCUUGCAGUGGUCAUGGCUGGCAGGCUGCGGAGGCACUGGCUGGCAGGCUGCGGAGGCCCUGGCUGCCAGGCUGCGGAGGCCCUGGCUGGCAGGCUGCGGAGGCCCUGGCUGGCAUGCUGCGGAGGCCCUGGCUGGCAGGCUGCGGAGGCCCUGGCUGGCAAGCUGCGGAGGCCUUGGCUGACAGCCGCCGUAGCACAUUCAAAU